ACCCAGCAAGUUCCUCAGUUGCUUCUGAGCUCUCCUAUUGAAGAGCAGGGAAAGUUUUGUGGUCAGAUGGAGAAGUAUUUUGUACUGUUCCUGGUAUUCUUGAACCUGGGAGUUAGGGCAGCAGAUUUCCGGGAGUUUCGUGUGUUUGAAGUGUCGGAUGUUUGUGAGAUUUCAACAGGAGUGAGAAUUUAUGUGGACUUUGGGCAUUCUGGGCAACUGAGAAACAGUGGAGUGGAAUCUAACAAUCUCUGCUUCUUCACCCUCGUGACAUGUCCCAGUUGUUCAAUUCGUUUGUCCUGGGCUCCUGAAGAUCCCAAUCGGUGUGAGAAGUUCCUCAUCGUCGAGCCACCUUACAAUGUGGUCAGGGAAAAAUAUAUAUGUGAUCCCCAGAGGGAAUAUGUGUCGAAAACCAGAGCCUUGUCUCUGCAAAUCCCUGCUGAAUCCACCAAUGCCACAUUUACCUUCUUCUACGAGAGCCUGAGAAAUAUAGUGGAAAUUUCUGAGUCUUCCGGAGAGUCAACUCGAACAAUUCAAUCCCCAUUCUUCCCAGCAGUAUACUCCAGGGACUUUAUUGUUGACUACAAUAUUUCCUGCCUCCGAAGUGAUUGCAGGAUCAGAAUAAUCUUCACGGAUUUCCAAUUGGCGCUCAUCUCAACCGUAGAGUUCUUCGAUGUGAAUCAGGAGCGCUUCCAAAUCUACUCUGGGGCAUUCUUUCGGCCUCCAGUCAUCUUCAGUCCCAAUUCCUCGAUUAGGAUCCGUUUUAGUGCCAACGGUGGCAGUGAUUUGGGCUUCAGGGCUAAUGUGACAUUCUUUCCAGUCUCUGAAGCUACUAAUCCCAUGCUGAAUCCCAACAUCAAUUGCGGAGGAAGUGUUUCCAGUCUCGGAGGAGCGAUUUCCAUGAUGAAUAUGGUCUCUGAGGAGGAGAACAGGAUACUCUACGACUGCAUCUGGAUUGUUAGGCCUUCUUCGAGGUACUUCCAUCAGCAGGAUCAACUUCUCUUGCGCGUAGAUUCAUUUAGCAAGAUGGGUGAUUCAUCCGAGUUGACUGUCCAUAGAGGAAUGACGUCAACUCAUCCGGAAGUUCUUAAAAUAGUGGGAUCAGAAGCUAAUUCCACAGAGAUUGGUGAGAAUCUCAUUGGUUCCAUCUCAAGUGGCUUCUACGUUCACCUUAGAGGAUUUUUCAGGCAAGAUUCCCGGCUUGUGAUUGUGUAUGCAGCUUUUGGGAUCAGGGAUUGCUACAUUGGAACAGGAUUCAUGUGCAAAAAUCGCCGUUGCAUCGCCAUUGAGCUUCGUUGCGAUGGAUUCGAUCACUGUGGGGACUCUAGCGAUGAAACCCAGUUCUGCCUGGCUGAGAAUGGAAGUGACUGGAACACCCAUGCCAACUAUUUCUUCCCCAAAGCUGACACCUAUGACGAUGAGAAUUUCCGGAAUUUCCGCACUGUAUCGAUCCUUUUGAUGAUCUGCAGCUUCGGAUUUGUGAUCUUGAUCAUCUUCUUCCUGUUCUACCGCGUAAAUUCACGACGAGCUAGGCAUCAGAGGAACCUCCAGAACCACCUCCAGACGAUCAGUGAUCUUCUGGUCGAUUUUCUUCCAGAUCAGAACACUAUUCCCGUCCAGGAGGUCAUUGUGGAUGAACCACCACCAAACUACGAAGCUCCGCCUGAGUAUGAAGAUGUCAUCAAGGUGGGAAUGGAGUAUGAAAUUCGCAGGAGCAAGAGAAGGAGCCGGGGACAUUCAAAAAGAAGACGUUCUGAGAGUCGCAAGCUCUCAAUUCAGCGCAAUCCUGCGCAUCUAGAUGUCGAGGAGGAGAUUAUUUCUAUCGUGACAACUUCUGGGGAAGCCUCAGGAAUCUCCCAGUGUGCUAAUCUGGGUGAUAGAAUGGAUUGCGUAGGUAAAAGCAGAAUGGAAGCUCUCGAGACUCCAGAAGCGAGUUCGGAAGCAGAGGAGACAAAGGAUGGCAAGACCAUCAGUUGUCCUACAUUAAACCAUGAGGAGAUCCUCCUUCUUCGCUCCAAAUCCGAAGAUUUUCAAUAGAAAUACCCAUUCUAUAUUUUUUUUUAGGACAUAAGGGGAGAAUGAGGCAGAAUCACUCAGCAAAUUAAUUUUUUCCACUGAUUUGUAAAGCAUUGUAAGGAAGAUGGUUAUUAUGAAUAAAUAGAGAUUUGCUCAAUAUUCCUUUUAAGCAACACAUAAUCACUGUCUAAUUUUACCCCUGACUAAUUCUGCCUCCGUUUCCCCUAUUUAAAAAAAAUUGCAAUUAAUAUUAAUUAUUUCUUAGUAAAUUGUAUUGGUUUAUUUAAAAUAAAAAUCUUUAAUCGUUA